AUGAGCUUCCAGCCUCCCCCGCAAAAUAGCUCCACCUCUCUGGGCGCUCAUUUCGAACCCUACACAGACUCAGUCAACCCAGAAGAAGAUACAAACAAACACAAUGCAAACGUCCAGCCUGUUCUCGAGGGCCCAGCUCAUUCAUGGAAUCGAGUAUUGACCCGCUCAUCCUGGACAUCAUCCAACGAAGAUCCCCAGCUCGCAGAACAGCCAGCUCCCAAGAAGCGAUCUUGUCGCUCGAGAUUCCUGAAAGGACUAGUGCGCACCGUAGUGGUGAUUCUCAUCAUGCUAGGCAUAAUCCAAUUUAUCUCCAUAGCCUGCGGCAUCGUCCUCGCCUUCUUCCCAGACGAGUACGACCGCGCAGUCAACAACUGGCUACCCAAAAACGACCCAAUCCCAAAGCAAAACGCGGACAACCCGCCAAUCCCAUUCCCAACCCACUGGCCAACAGAUAUCUCCCGCGAUAUCACCCCAGUAGCCUGCCAUUCCCACAACGACUACUGGCGCCGUGUACCCCUCUACUCAGCCCUGCAAGCAGGCUGCAUCGGCGUCGAAGCGGACGUCUGGCUCUUCGACGACGAGCUCUACGUCGGACACACGACUUCGAGCCUGACGCGUGAACGCACGUUACAGUUCAUGUACGUCAAUCCACUUAUCUCAAUCCUCGAGCGCCAAAACCCUAUAACGGAAUUCCAUCCGUCAAUCGAUACACCUGCGCACGGCAUCUUCGACACAGAUCCCGAUCAAUCGCUCAUCUUCCUGAUCGAUUUCAAGACUGCCGGGCCGGCGACGUACCAUGCCGUGGUGGAACAGCUUGCUCCACUGCGUGAACGUGGGUAUCUCACGCACUUCAAUGGCGAGGAGAUCAUCCAGGGCCCAAUCACUAUUGUCGGAACGGGGAAUGCACCAUUCAACCUGAUCGAUGCGGAUUCCUCGUAUAGGGAUAUUUUCUUCGAUGCACCACUCGACAAACUCGUAGAUUUCCCCGAGGACGACUCAACACCAGGAGCAGAGCCAGAAGUCGAGUCUGAAUCCGAAUCUGAGUCUGCUUCUGAGCCAGACCUAAAGCAAUCCAACGACCACGGCCAAGGCCAAAGCGGUAUGCCGAGCAAAAUAACAGCAAACACCUUCAACGCUACAAAUAGCUUCUACGCCUCCGUCUCCUUCCGCGCUGCAAUCGGCUUCCCCUGGCCAUUUCACUUCACCCAGAAGCAAAUGGAGCUGAUACGGCACCAGGUAAGGAUUGCGCAUAAGCAUGGGUUGAAGGUUCGGUAUUGGGCGUUGCCGAGUUGGCCGCAGAGUUUGAGAAAUCAUAUUUGGAGAAUACUGGCGCUCGAGGGCGUCGAUGUUCUCAAUGUCGAUGAUCUUGUUGGUGCUACCAAGGGGGGGUGGAAUAUCCGGAUUUUUGACUGGUGGCCUUGA